AAUCAACAUGGCGGCCCCCAGUCGUUUCUGAACCGUAUGAUCCGGAGAACAUUACCAGAAUAGAGGCCUUUAUUUCGCGUCCGCAAUGGAACCCAAGUGUUCCUGCAAGGGCGUCCGAACGUGCCUCGUUUGCGAGCAAUGCAAGGAGCCCAGCAAGCACGCCAUAUCCAAACGAAAGGUGCGCCAUCCUUUCACCUUCUGCACUGACUGCCGACUGUGUUGGCCGGGAUGGAUCGACAACAGCAGCGGUAACGAGUCGACCGAAAGUACUCGGGACAUGCCCCCGCUCAAAGUACCGGGCAUCGAAGUCUACGAGGACUUCCUGACGCGCGAAGAAGAGUCGGACCUGGUGGACGGCAUCGACUCGCGCGAAUGGGUCGGUUCGCAGUCGGGUCGCCUCAAGCAGGACUUCGGUCCUCGCGUCAACUUCAAGAAGAAGAGGGUGAGGGCUGGCGAGUUUGCUGGCCUGCCGUCGUACUUCACGAGCGUGGAGCGCAAGAUGAACCGGUGCGCGGUCGUCUCCGACUUCGAGGCGGUCGAACUGUGCAACCUCGACUACAGUCCCAAGCGCGGUUCGUGCAUCGACCCGCACUACGACGACUGGUGGCUGUGGGGUCACCGCCUGGUGACCUUUAACCUCUUGUCGGACACUGUGUUGACCCUGUCCCGACCCGAGCAGCACUGGAUGCUCACCGACGAAGACCUGAUAGACGAACCGUCGCCUCCGGCGGCCGCCGACUACUGUCCGCAGCGCUCCACGGCGGUCGUUCACGAUCGUAGCGUGUGCAAGACGUGGAGCGAGGACUUCAAAGACUCCGUGUCGACGCGGACUCCGCCGCGACUGUGCGUCGUACAGGUGGCGCUACCACGGCGCUCGAUGCUGGUGCUGUACGGCGACGCGCGCUACAAGUGGCACCACUCGAUACUCAGGGAAGACGUUUCGGGUCGCCGGGUCGCCAUGACGGUGCGAGAACUGUCCGAUGAGUUUCUCGAAGGUGGCGCGUCGUCCGACUUCGGCACCCAGUUGCUCGACAUCGCUAAGUUGCGCGUGUGAACGAUUAGAUAUCUUGUACGUGACGUCAUAGACGCAGGUCCAUGAUAUGGCGGCUUAGAUGAUGUCAACACAGCAUAACCACGUGGCGUUAAACCUGCUUCAGUGUGAUAACAAUGCCCCUGGAACGUUGACAUCUGUGCACGAAUAAUGGAAGAACCUGCGUAACGUUAAAGUGACACCACAAACUUCGUGUCACACCAUGUUGGUGCUCCAACGUGGCUGUUUCAGUGACAUCAGUGCAAGCCUUCUAUAGAUGGCUUGCAUUGACGUCACUGAAACCACCGUGUUGGCGCACCAGCAUGGGGGGGACGCGACGUUUGCGAUGUCGCAUUAGUGUUAUCAAAUAUCGCGUGCAGAUCCUCUCGUUAUUCACGCACAAAGGCGUUCCAGCCACGUCAUUAUCACACUGAAGCAGGUUAACCGCCACUUGUUUGUCAUCAAAGCUGCCAUCAUGGAGUGCCAGUACGUUCAGAAGCAGCAUCCAUGACGUCACGUGCAAGCUAUCUAUAGGCUUUAACACAAUGCGUUGAUGGCCUAGUUGGUGCUUGUGCAUAGUAAUAUUUAGCACGACAAAACAACAGAGUUGAGAAAAGCGCUGUGUCCUGUCGACUUUUGUCGUUUUGUUGCGCUAAAUGUUACUGUGAAUGAAUACACUGUGUGCGUUUGUUUUCCUUUUUUGGCCCUCUACGCAGUGCAAUGAAUCGUUGGGCUUGUUGUCAGAGUUCAGAAUGGCAGUUAGUAGAACGUAUUGGUACAAAGACUUACUACUGCAAACAGUGCGAAAACGGGAGAGAAAGAAACGUUACAUGAUGCAAGCGCUGACUAAUAACAAGUGUUUACUGCUUUUGUGCAAUUAGACUUUGUUGGAAGUCGGUGCCUAUACCACAAAUAUACUCAAGGUCUGUUAAAUUCCCUAAAGGUUCACAGCACCACAAGCGAAAAAGAUUAGGGUUUUGGUGUGCCAGGCCAGCACCCAUUCGUUGCACGGUUGGUCGGUUGGAGGGUUCUGUGUGGCACAGUGCCUUGCACCCCAAGCAACCAAGGAUGUGGGUAAAGAGUGUAUCAAUGUACAGUACUGAGCGCAGUUACGGUGAACACUUGAUCGCUUGGCCAAGCUUCAUGAAGUACCAGUGUAGCACAUGACCACCUAUCACACAAGCUUGGCGGGUUAUCGAUAUGAGCAAACCACACUAACCGUGCUCAUCACUGUACUUUAGAAAAUACAAGAACCUAGGUGCGAAAAUUCUGAGAUACUUGAGUCAAUCAAAUAGACCUCUAGUGUCACGUUUUCACACUGCUUGCAGUAGUGUGUCUUCGUUUCCUAGUUGUUUGCUGUGCUUGGAAACUUUUCAGUGACCACUUGUUUUUAGAAUGUUGCGUAGGGCCAAAGCACACCUCUCUUUCUUGUUAGACCUGAUGAACGCAUCUAGUCCGGGGGGUUGCUUAACCCUCUUAACAGCAAGUAUUCUUUUGCUCUUUACUUUUCUUUUCGUCUUUUGCUCUGCUGAAUGUCAAUGUUUGGGUGUGUUUCUUUGCCAUUUACAGGCUGUGUUGGAGAAUUAAAACAAAUGCCCAAACAUGCAAGGCAGCAAUGGGGACAUUCAAUGUUAAAGUAAUCCCAAAGUAAUGUAACGUUCCACUGACAAACACCUUUCAUGUAGUGUGCAGUUGUUCUCCCGACAACCAGCGGAAUUGCUGAGGUUAAAUUCUGCCGGCAGUUCGCUCAAAUUUUCUCGACUUGUGUGCAUGAAUUCUGACAGCAUGUGUAAACAGUGUGCCAUUAUAUUGUACAGAUUGGCAGCUCCUUCAUGACAUGAAAGUUCCAAUGGGGACACGAUAGCUGGGAGACGGGCUUGUUCCUGACUCGGGAGAGCACUGGGCCCAGAGCUUUUCAGAAGAGCUCUUUCAGAGGAGCGAGCCAUCCUGGGUCCUCCCACUAGACAUUAUUAGUUUUGCAAGCUAAUUGCAUUUUUAGGAUCAAAUCACACUAGGGCAAACCAGAUUGAUCAGGUCAAAAGGGCACUAGGGACAAGCUUGUGGUGUCUUUCUCUUCCUAUUUGUUAACCUGUGUCUGUAGCAACGCUCGUAAUAACACCACAGCAAUUUCGACAUUUUCACAUUACCUUUAUCAGCUAAGUUCGCUGAGGCUUUCAUAGUCAGUAGCACAUGUAGAAACACGCGAACAUCAUGUAAUACGAUAGGCAUGCAUUAGAUGCUUACACGGUGCCUUGACAAUUUUUAGCCAGUAGCCGUUAGAGUUCCUUCGAUUAUCUAGUUUGAACAUGCCUGUUCAUUGCAAUAGUUGGUACCGGACAGUCCCAGGAGUGCUUUGCAUGGGCUCCAUUUACAUUUUGUGCAAUCAGGUAGCUGCAAAAGAUGUGUACUAAUGUAUCAUUUUUAAUGAACAGGUCUUCCAAC